GCCGGGAAUGCGGAAUCCCAGUGGGGACUGUGUUUCGCUCUGGUGUCCGGUGCUUUUUGGUUCUGAAACCUCGGGCAUCCAGGGUAGGCGCUUUGGAGCUAAGAGUUCACUGCGGCGACGAACUGCCUGAGGCUGUCCUCCGGCACCCAGGCGCCUGCCAGUCCUUCUCCCUCGCCAGUCUUCCCGUCCGGUCAUGACGAGAUUCUGGGUUUGCAUAGCCGGCGCUGGCUUCUUUCUAGCGCUUCUGGUUUUGCAUUCGCGGUUCUGUGCCUCUCGGCUCCCAUCACAUCUGCACUUGGCUUUUAAAAUUUCCUGGAGAGCUGAGGAGAUUCUUUACCGGCUAGAUGUGGAUUGGCCGAAGUAUUCAGAAUACUUCACCGGAGCAACAUUUUGUGUUGCAGUUGACUCCCUCAACGGAUUGGUUUAUGUAGCCCAGAGAGGGGAUAACAUCCCAAAGGUAUUAGUGUUCACAGAGGAUGGAUAUUUCCUACGAUCCUGGAAUUAUACAGUUGACACACCUCAUGGUAUAUUUGCAGCCAGUACACCACAGGAAAAAUCCGUCUGGAUCACGGAUGUAGGAAGUGGAUUCUAUGGUCAUACUAUUAAAAAAUACAAUUCCUUUGGUGAUCUUGUUCAAGUUUUGGGGACCCCAGGCAAAAAAGGCACUGGUUUGAACCCCCUGCAGUUUGAUAACCCUGCGGAAUUACAUGUAGAUGACACAGGAGAUAUUUACAUUGUGGAUGGAGAUGGAGGAUUGAAUAACAGGUUGAUCAAAUUGUCCCAAGAUUUUAUGAUCCUUUGGCUGCGUGGAGAAAAUGGAACAGGGCCUGCUAAGUUCAACAUACCCCACAGUGUUACAGUGGAUUCCGCUGGUCGGGUGUGGGUGGCUGACCGAGGCAAUAAAAGACUUCAGGUGUUUGAUAAAGACACAGGGGAUUGGUUGGGAGAGUGGAAGAACUGUUUCUUGGAAGAGGGGCCUUCUGCAGUCAGGUUUACUCCUGAUGGUAAAUACGUGGUCGUGGCCCAGCUGAAUCUGAGCCGGCUGUUAAUCCUGGCGGCACCCCCGGUAGGAAACAUCGGCGACUGCUCUGUGGUCAGCACGAUCCAGCUGGCCGAUCAAGUCUCCCCGCAUCUCUUAGAAGUCAGCAGGGAGACCGGAGCAGUCUACGUAGCUGAAAUUGGAGCAAAGCAAGUGCAAAAAUACAUCCCCGUGAAUAGUGAAGUGCUUGAGAGAUGGGAUCUUGAUUAACGAGAACCCACAGGGCGCCGGGCCCUGAAGAUGCAGACGUGAAGAGGCAGGGUUGUCUGCGUGCCUUUGAGUAGCUUACAGUCCACACGACGUGGUGACAGUAACACGUGCUAUUGGACUUCUGGAAGAGGAACGACAGGUCUGAGUUGAGGAGUCUUUGCAGGGGAAUCAGUUUCAGCUCCAACUGGAAAAACUGAGGAGGAAAAAACCAUGAGUUUCGGGUAGAGAAGUGAUGAAAAAUCGCACCCUUGCUGUGAACCUCAGCAGGCUUUCUUUUAAUGGCCCAAUUUGGCUUUGGUUGUUUAGCUCAGGGGUCCCCAGCCUUUGGGCUGUGGACAGGUUGGUACUGCCUGUCAGGUCAGCAGCAGCGUUAGGUUAGAAAUAAAGUGCACAAAUGAACGUAAUGCACUUGAAUCACCCUGAAACCAUCCUCCCAUCGCCUGGUCUGGGGAGAAACUGUCUUCCAUGAAACUGGUCCCUGGUGCCAAAAAGGUUGGGGACCGCGGCUUUAGGUGUAAGAUGCUUCAUCUCAAUCCUUAAACAUAGAAAUAAAGUGGCUGGUGUCUAAGCCCUUUAGCAAGGGAUCUUAAAAAUAACUAGAAUGUUUUUAAAGGUAGCAAGAAAAAUAGAUUCUCUUCUCGGUGCCUCUUUUCUUCCUUUUUCUUUUUUUUCACAUGGACUCUGUCCAUACUAACUUUUGUCUGCCUCAAAGAAGUUUUAGAUUUAUUUAUAUAAGGGUGUGUGCCAAACACUUGGAGCUAUUAAGAUGAAUAAUUUCCUGCUUUUCUCUUUCUGUAUCUUUUUUUAACCCAUUUGUUCUGAAUAUUAGCCUCCCAAUUAAGACCAUUUUUUCAGUUUGUUCUAGUUUAUUCUUGGGUUGAAAGGAAACUUGCCAUAUUACAGUCUGUUUCACGUCAUUCUUUGCCUUUUCUCAUAUCAGUUCAGUUCAGUUCAGUCGCUCAGUUGUGUCCGACUCUUUGCAACCCCAUGAAUCACAGCACGCCAGGCCUCCCUGUCCAUCACCAACUCCUGGAGUUCACUCAGACUCGCUUCCAUCGAGUCCGUGAUGCCAUCCAGCCAUCUCAUCCUCUGUCGUCCCCUUCUCCUCCUGCCCCCAAUCCCUCCCAGCAUCAGACUCUUUUCCAAUGAGUCAACUCUUCGCAUGAGGUGGCCAAAGUACUGGAGUUUCAGCUUCAGCGUCAUUCCUUCCAAAGAAACCCCAGGGCUGAUCUCCUUCAGAAUGGACUGGUUGGGUCUCCUUGCAGUCCAAGGGACUCUCAAGAGUCUUCUCCAACACCACACUUCAAAAGCAUCAAUUCUUCAGUGCUCAGCUUUCUUCACAGUCCAACUCUCGCAUCCAUACAUGACCAUAGGAAAAACCAUAGCCCUGACUAGACGGACCUUUGUUGGCAAAGUAAUGUCUCUGCUUUUUAAUAUGCUAUCUAGGUUGUUCAUAACUUUUCUUCCAAGAAGUAAGUGUCUUUUAAUUUCAUGGCUGCAAUCACCAUCUGCAGUGAUUUUGGAGCCCAGAAAGAUAAAGUCUGACACUGUUUCUACCGAUUCCCCAUCUAUUUCCCAUGAAGUGAUGGGACCAGAUGCCAUAAUCUUCAUUUUCUGAAUGUUGAGCUUUAAGCCAACUUUUUCAUUCCUCUUUCACUUUCAUCAAUAGGCUUUUUAGUUCCUCUUCACUUUCUGCCAUAAGGGUGGUGUCAUCUGCAUAUCUGAGGUUAUUGAUAUUUCUCUCGGCAAUCUUGAUUCCAGCCUGUGCUUCUUCCAGCCCAGUGUUUCUCAUGAUGUACUCUGCAUAGAAGUUAAAUAAGCAGGGUGACAAUAUACAGCCUUGACGUACUCCUUUUCCUAUUUGGAACCAGUCUGUUGUUCCAUGUCCAGUUCUAACUGUUGCUUCCUGACCUGCAUACAGAUUUCUCAAGAGGCAGGUCAGGUGGUCUGGUAUUCCCAUCUCUUUCAGAAUUUUCCACAGUUUAUUGCGAUCCACACAGGCAAAGGCUUUGGCAUAGUCAAUAAAGCAGAAAUAGAUGUUUUUCUGAAACUCUCUUGCUUUUUCGAUGAUCCAGCGCAAUUUGAUCUCUGGUUCCUCUGCAUUUUCUAAAACCCGCUUGAACAUCUGGAAGUUCAUGGUUCACAUAUUGCUGAAACCUGGCUUGGAGAAUUUUGAGCAUUACUUUACUAGUGUGUGGGAUGAGUGCAAUUGUGCGGUAGUUUGACCAUUCUUUGGCAUUGCCUGCCUUUGGGAUUGGAAUGAAAACGGACCUUUUCCAGUCCUGUGGCCACUGCUGAGUUUUCCAGAUUUGCUGGCAUAUUGAGUGCAGUACUUUCACAGCAUCAUCUUUCAGGAUUUGAAAUAGCUCCACUGGAAUUCCAUCACCUCCACUAGCUUUGUUCAUAGUGGUGCUUUCUAAGGCCCACUUGACUUCACAUUCCAGGAUGUCUGGCUCUAGGUGAGUGAUCACACCAUCGUGAUUAUCUUGGUCGUGAAGCUCUUUUUUGUACAGUUCUGUGUAUUCUUACCACCUCUUCUUAAUAUCUUCUGCUUCUGUUAGGUCCAUACCAUUCAUAUGAUUUCUCAUAUCAGCCUCCCUUUUCAUCCUAAUCAUGUGUCAUGUGUGUUAGUCACUCAGUCGUGUCCAACUCUUUGUGACCCCAUGGACUGUAGCCCUCCAGGUUCCUCUGUCCAUGGGAUUCUCCAGGCAAGUUGCCAUUCCCUUCUCCAGGGGAUCUUCCUGACCCAGGGAUUGAACCCAGGUCUCCUGCAUUGCAGGCAGAUUCUUCACUGUCUGAGCUGCCAGGGAAGCCUCUUUAUCGCAGUGUUUAUGGUAAUCUACCAACGGAACUCUGUCCUGAGCUCCAAGGCGUGCUUGUGCCACUGAUUAAGCUGUGUGACCUGAACGAGUCACCGUCAUUUUCUCUUCUGUAAAUUGGACUGUCAUUGUGUUUCCUUCUUCAGGAAGGCUGUGAGGUUCACAUGUGCAAUAGUGAGGUUCACAUGUGCAAUAGGCACAGAUGUGCCCUUUGAAUUCUGUAGUUCCAAGUACAUUGAAGGUGUCUUGUUAGAAAAGGUCCUUCUAAAUGGGCUGUUUACCUGAUACCAGCUAUCAGUUUUGCCUUAGUUUUGCAUUUAUCAAAAUGCCAUAAAUUUAUGCAGUUAGCCAAAUAAUAAAUCUAUUUGGAUGAAAAUAAAUAGUUUGAGGUUUUGUUUGUUUUGCUUUCAAGUCAGAUCGAGAAGUGCAAAUGUCUCUUUGAAGGAAUAUAGGUUAGAUUUUUGUCAUUUCAAAAAUGUUGUAUUUAACUUUGUUUUAUGCAAGAUUCUUAUACAACUUGCCGAAAGUAAUAUUUGCAUGGACGUUGCUAACGUGUUUAUUAGCAUACU